GUCAUUUUUUUAAUAUAUUUUUCAAAAGGCACUGACAAUGAGAUAAGCCCUAUUUCAUUUUAUCGAUUGCGCGUUUAUUUUAAUUCACCUUAUUUUUUUAUUUUAUUUACCUCUAUCACAUCACCAAAAAGGAAUAAGCGAAAAUGUUUUUCGGCGGCAUUCGCUUCUUCAAGCCCCUGCGCUCAAAAUCACUUCUACGGCGUUGGAAGCAUGGAAGCAGCGUCCAAAUGGACAUAGUACAGAAGCGCAAGGCGCUAGCCCAGUUCAAGGACAAGACUGAAGUGACAAUAUUUGAUAGACAAGCCAAGCGCAACCAAUACAGCUGGGGCCCCUGGGUAGUCGGCGGCCAAAUGCUAAUGUGGCUCAAUUUUGCCGAUUUCUACUGGCGAUACUCAAUGGACAAGAACGAGGAGACCGGCGAGCUGGCCUUGUCACCCAAAUGGAAGCGCGCGUGCAUCUCUGCUGUUGCCAUUAUUGCCGGUGUGUCUAUUGGCGGCGGAAUCCUGCAUUACAUCAGCCGGUCGGUUGCUCGCAUGAGGGUGGUUAACAAUGGGCAGACAGUGCUUCUGGAUACAUACCGGAUUUCGGGACGCGGUACGCGCACGAGGGAGUACCCGAUUAGCGCAAUGUACUCAAGGGACACACUGGUGACGGGAAAGGGGCCCCAGGGUGUUACUCGCGAUGGCUCGCCGCAGUACAGCAUCUAUGCGCCCGGCAAUGCCUAUGCAUUCAUCAUGAAUCGCUCAGGCAACUUCAAGUCGCCAAAGACCUUUGACAUUUUGUUCCACCGUUCUAUUGUCAGGAAAUAAUUCGUGGUUUUUAUUAUUAUUAUUUAAAUAAUGGCUAU